AUGGCAGCUCAACCAGAGCAGCAGAGCAAUCCCCAGGAUGGCACAGGCGUCAUCAAGCUGGACCCCUGGCUAGCCCCAUUUAGCGAGGCGCUGAAGCGGCGAUAUUCUAAGGCGCAGCACUGGAUUAAAGUUAUAAACGACAAUGAAGGUGGCUUUGAGAAGUUUUCCAAGGGCACUGAUAUCUACGGCUUCAAUGUGGACAGCAAGAACAACAUCAUCUACCGCGAGUGGGCGCCCAACGCCGAGCAGGCGUAUCUCAUCGGUGAUUUCAAUGGCUGGAAUAUGACGUCCCAUCCCAUGAAGAAGAAUGAGUAUGGAGUCUUUGAGAUCAUUCUUCCCGCCAAGAACAACCAGAAGGCCAUACCACACAAUUCCAAGGUCAAGAUCUCCCUCGUUCUCAAUGGAGGACAUCGAAUUGAUCGCCUGCCAGCUUGGAUCAAAUAUGUCACCCAAGAUCUUUCUGUUUCGCCAGUCUAUGAUGCUCGAUUUUGGAACCCGGAACCCGCAGCGAAAUAUUCGUUCAAGCAUCCACGACCAAAGAAGCCGCAAAGCAUUAGAGUGUAUGAGGCCCACGUCGGAAUUUCUUCUCCGGAGCAGCGUGUCACUACAUACGACGAGUUCACCGACAACUUGCUUCCCAGAAUCAAGGACCUUGGCUACAAUGCUAUCCAACUGAUGGCUAUUAUGGAACAUGCUUACUAUGCUAGUUUCGGAUACCAGGUCAACAGCUUCUUUGCUGCGAGCAGCCGGUAUGGAACUCCUGAAGGUUUGAAAAGGCUUGUGGAUACUGCUCAUCAAAUGGGAAUUGUCGUGCUGCUGGACGUGGUUCAUAGCCAUGCGUCUAAGAAUGUACUUGAUGGACUCAAUGAAUUCGAUGGAACCGACCACCAGUACUUUCACAGUGGAGGCAAAGGCAACCAUGAUCUUUGGGACAGCAGACUCUUCAACUACGGCCAUCACGAGGUCAUGCGAUUCCUGCUGAGCAAUCUCCGAUUCUGGAUGGACGAGUAUCACUUUGAUGGCUUCCGCUUCGAUGGCGUUACCAGCAUGCUCUAUCUGCACCAUGGAAUUGGAACUGGGUUUUCUGGCGGAUAUCAUGAGUACUUUGGGCCUGAUGUCGACGAGGAGGCUGUUGUAUACCUGAUGGUUGCUAACGAGAUGCUGCACUCGCUCUAUCCCGAGUGUGUAACUGUCGCCGAGGAUGUGUCGGGAAUGCCGGCUCUGUGUCUUCCCCUUUCGCUCGGCGGCGUGGGUUUCGACUACCGACUGGCUAUGGCCAUCCCUGAUAUGUGGAUCAAGAUUCUCAAGGAGAAAACAGAUGAGCAGUGGGAUCUUGCCAACAUCUGUUUCACUUUGACCAACCGACGUCAUGGUGAGAAAACCAUUGCCUAUUGUGAGAGUCACGAUCAAGCGCUUGUUGGAGACAAAACUUUGAUGAUGCAUCUAUGCGAUGCGCAAUUAUAUGAUAACAUGACCACUCUCAAGCCGUUGACGCCCGUUAUUGACCGUGGAAUGGCGCUGCACAAGAUGAUUCGACUUCUUACGCACGCAUUGGGUGGCGAGGGCUACCUCAACUUUGAAGGCAACGAGUUUGGUCAUCCUGAGUGGCUUGAUUUCCCUCGAGCUGGAAACAACAAUUCAUUUUGGUACGCCCGUCGACAGCUGAAUCUUACGGAGGAUAAUCUGCUUCGAUACAAGUUCCUCAACACAUUUGACAAGUUGAUGAACCACUGUGAAGAGCGUUAUGGCUGGCUCCACGCGCCUCAGGCUUACAUCUCCCUGAAGCACGAAGGCGACAAGGUCAUUGUCUUUGAGAGAGCGGGACUUGUCUUCAUUUUCAACUUCCACACCAGCCAGAGCUUCAGCGACUACCGCAUCGGUGUUGAAGUGCCCGGUGAAUACAAGAUUGUCCUGAACAGUGACGCAGAGGAAGCGGGUGGCCACAACAGGCUCGAUGAGAGCACUCGCUUCUUUACAACGCCCAUGGAGUGGAAUGGGCGGCAAAACUGGACCCACGUGUACAUCCCAUGCCGAACAGCUAUUACUAUCCGGCGCCGGUCUGGCCCGUAUGGCUACACUCAGGCCAAGGCUCUUGUCUUUUCUCAGAAUGGAGAGCCAUCCGACGUAUUGAAACUUCACACGCACUCCAUCUCUCCCUCGCUCUCGUCUAAAGCUGUCCUGCUGCGGGCUCUUGCGGCCCCCAUCAACCCUGCCGAUAUAAACACCGUCCAGGGCACGUACGGCUCCCAGCCCAGCUUCACCUCCCUCAUCGGAACCUCUACCCCGUCCGCGAUCCCCGGAAAUGAGGGCGUCUUCGAAGUUCUCGCCACGGGCGAUCCGUCUUCCCCAGUUCACAAGGGAGAUUGGGUGAUACCGGCCGUUGCGCAGUUUGGCACGUGGAGGACCCAUGCCGUGGCAGACGUAGACCAGAUGAUCAAAAUCAAUAAACAAGGGCUGAAGGCGACUCAAGCGGCGACCAUCUCCAUCAACCCCGGCACGGCCUAUCGCAUUCUGAGAACAUAUGGCCCCAACGCUGGUAUCAGCAAGGGCCUUGGCAUGCGGCCGCUCGAGGUGGGCAGCGGCGAGUGGUUUAUUCAAAAUGGGGCGAAUUCCGGAGUGGGCAGAGCGGCCAUACAGUUUGGCAAGCUCUGGGGCCUCAGGAGCAUCAACGUCAUUCGCGAACGAAGCUCCCCUGAGGCGACGGAGGAGUUGAAAAAAGAACUCACGGGUCUUGGUGCCGACAUUGUUGUGACGGAGGCACAGUUCCUUUCUCGGGAGUGGAAAGAUCAGCUGGCGGAAAUCACAAACAAGGGCCGCGAGCAGAUUGGACUGGGCCUGAAUUGCGUCGGCGGCAAAUCCGCCACGGCGCUCGCUCGUUCGCUCGGUGAGGGCGCCACGAUGGUGUCGUAUGGAGGCAUGGCUAGGCAGCCGGUUGCUCUGCCUGUUGGGUUGCUCAUCUUCAAAGAUAUCCGCUUUGUUGGCUUCUGGCUUUCGCGAUGGAACCAGCAGGAUCCUACCGGGCGUAGGCACAUGACUGAUUAUAUCGUAGAUAGUAUCCGCGAGGGUAAGUUCCAAGACGUUCCUCUGGAUGAAGUGGCGUGGAACUGGGAAACGGAGGCUUCUACCCUAACAGAGGAGGUUCAAAAAGGCCUUCAGGGCUUCAGAAAGGGUAAAGGCAUAUUUGUGUUUGGGGAUACAUGA